UUUUUUUAGAAGCCUCUUCUUUCACUCACUGACUUGUCGACUUUUUUUUUUCCUUCGUUGUAGCUUCAUUUUAUUUUUUAAAAAAAAAGAGUUCGAGUCUACUUUCUGAACUCGUUCGUUUUCUCUUCCAGUCGUUGUCGAUAUCAGACACCGCCUCGAAAUCGCAAGCCCCCCCCCCUUCACGAUAGAAAAAAAAACGACGUCUACACCUUUACACCUCACCAUGGACGGCUACUUUCGGGACGUCGUCCCCAUCGACGCCAUCCCGCCCGAGGUCCUCAACGGCACCGUCCUGCCCUCGCAGUACUGCUACAAGCACCCCGACUACGACGUCCUGUGCGACCACGUCGGCGGCUUCUACUCGUACCGCGUCGACAUCGCCGCCAACGCCGCCUUCCUCGGCCUCUUCGCCGCCUCGCUGCUGGGCUACGCCGCCGUCGCCUUCGUCCUCCGCCGCGGCCGCGGCCUCGCCUUUGGCGUCGCCAUGAUGCUCGGCCUCGUCUGCGAGGUCCUCGGCUACGCCGGCCGCGUGCUCUCCUGGCGCAACCGCUGGGACGAGAACGGCUUCCUCAUGCAGAUCUGCUGCCUCACCAUCGGCCCCGCCUUCAUGGCCGCCGGGCUGUACCUGUGCUUGAGGCGCAUCGUCACCGCGUUUGGGCCCGAGAACUCGCGCAUCCCGCCCGAGUAUUACACCCGUAUUUUCAUCCCCUGCGACGUCGUCUCGCUCGUCCUCCAGGCCACCGGAGGCGGCAUGGCCGCCGUCGCCUUCCACGGCAGCCGCUCCGCCACCGCCGGCACCAACAUCAUGAUCGCCGGCCUCAGCUUCCAGGUCUUCACCCUCCUGUGCUUCAUCGCCGCGUCCGUCGACUUUGCCCUGCGCACCCACCGCCGCCAGAAACAACAACAGCAGCAGUACCAUAGCCAGCUAGACAGCGGCGCCGACAGCACUGGCAGCGGCAGUGGCAACGCGCACCACCUAGUCCGCAUGCGCCAGACGCUGCGCUUCCGCCUCUUCCUCGCCGCCCUCGCCCUCUCCACCUUUUGCAUCCUCUGGCGUAGCGCCUUCCGCGUCGCCGAGCUGAGCGAGGGCUGGUCCGGCCCCAUCAUCGGCAAGCAGGGCCUCUUCAUCGGCUUCGAGGGCGUCCUCAUCGUCGUCGCCGUCUACGCCCUCAACGUCUUCCAUCCCGUCCUCUGCGCCCCCGAGCUGUUCGAGGUCGGCGGCGGGCUCAAGGGCUUAUGGUUCUUGAGGCGAAAGGCCGCCUCCGGCCGCGCGUCGUCCGAAAGGGGACACAAAAUUGAGGGCUCCGGCGAGUCGUCUGGUUAAAACAGAACAUGGAAACAUGAGAUUUUAUACACGUUAGAAGCUUGAUGCAUAAACGGCAGGCACUGAUUCAUCACACAAGAACAAUAGACCACAUCGUGGAAAAUAGACUCAAUUCGC